UUCGAAUUUAAUAUUUGUUAUAUUUUUAAGAUGGAACGUGGUAGAGCUUCAGUAGAUAUGGGUAACCUCCGCCGCAACCGAACAAAGGAGAUUGCGAGGAAUCAUCCAAGCUUGCACAAAGGUAAGGGACGGGCCGGGGCUUCAUCUCAAACCCGAGAUGAUUUUGAUGCGGAUUAUAACCAAAGAUAUGGGUCUGCGAUGUCCGAUGAGCAAGUAGAACAACUAUUACGACAAAAUCAAGGGGCCUUCUUCCAUCAACAAAACAUCCCGACCAUUGACGAAGAAGAGCUCGAGGAUGAUGAUGCGGAGGAGAGGGAUCCGCAAACGGUCGAGCACGAGGUUCAUGGCACACCGUACGAUGAUGAAGAGCAAGCGGAAGUGGCUACUUCUUCCCAAGGCGGUGAGAAAGCUGAAUCAGUCUUUAAGGCAAAUUUUACAAAAUUUAAAGACCCCCAAACCGAGAUAUGGUACGCCACUUGCAAGCAUUGCCCAAAGAAGUAUAACUUGGGAACUUCUGGAGGGUACGGGAGCGCCACAAGGCAUCUUAAGGCCAAGCACCCGGCGGAAUAUGCGAAAUCAGACAAAGGCAAGGGAAAGCAAACACAAAUUUCAAGAUUUGGAAGUGGCCAACCCUUCGGUAAUUUCUCCUAUGAUGAUCAAAGACAUUUGACUGGUAUGUCGCAUUUGAUUGUUGAAGAAAAUUUGCCUUUUAUUUUUUCCGAAAGUCUUGCUUUAAAAGAAUAUGCUCAAGGUACUUUAAAUCCUCAAUUUCGAAACUAUAGUCGCAAAACAAUUAAAAAAGAAGUUAUAAGGCAAUAUGUUUUGGAAAAGGAAAAAUUACAAAUAUUUUUCGCAAACUUUGAUGGCCGUGUUAGCAUAUGUAGUGAUAUAUGGGAGGAUACUCAUCAUCAUUUAUAUUAUUUGGGUUUGACUGCACAUUAUAUUGAUGAUGAUUGAUGUAUGCAUAAACGUGUUCUUGCUUUUCGUGAAUUUAAUGAUCGACACACCGGCGAUAAUAUUUAUAUUCUCAUUGAGCGUAUUUUAGUUGAGUAUAAUUUGAUUGAUAAGGUGUUUGCUAUUGGUUUUGAUAAUAACUAAUAAUACUGCGGCUAUUCCUAGAUUGCGUGAAUUGUGUGGUUCAUCUUCUUUGAUGGGUAGGUUUUUUCAUCAGCGUUGUGCAUGUCAUAUUUUAAAUUUAUGUGUAAAGGACGGUCUUGCGGCGUUGGGAGAUGCUUUGGAGGUGGUCAAGGGGGGGAUUAAACUGAUUUGGGCUAGUAAUCCACUUAAGAUGCAAUGGAGAAAUUAUUUGAAAGAAAGACGUGUCAAAUAUUG